UCACACGACUCGCAGAAUAGGGAGCCCAGAUCAGACGAAGAUUUUCUAGCAGUAUGUAGGUAGUUGAUCUCGUCCGGAGGAUCGCAUCGGAUCACAGUUGCUGUCGAAGACUUCAACCAACUGGUCGCGAUUGUUGGAUUCUUCGUUUGAUUAAUAUCUACAGCUUGUGCACUUGUAAGAAACCGUUGCAAAGGGGAAUAGAGACAGAAAUGCAACUAAUUAAAGGGCUUCUAAUGCCCUUUGUUCUGCUGGGGUUGACUUCGCUAGGAUAUGCAUUAAGUGAAAAUGACCCAUGUACCAAUCCAGCCGGGAAGUUAGGUCGGUGCAUCUUCUUCCGUGAAUGUGAACCAAUAUUGAACAUCUACCGGAAAACGAUCGUCACACCGGAGGAGAGUAUAUUUAUCGAUAAAAGUCGAUGUGGAAAGAGGACAGAUGGGAAACCGCUGGUGUGCUGCACAGGCGACAGUGGUCGAAAACAAACAACCUCGACUUCGCUCCUCCCGAAGACACCGUUCUGCGGAGCAUCACUCGGUGAACGGAUCCACGGUGGUCAACCUACCCUCCUGGAUGAGUACCCCUGGACCGCCUUGAUCGAAUACCGCAAACCGAACGGACGAACUGGAUUCCACUGUGGAGCCUCGUUGAUCAACUCCCGGUACGUCGUAACGGCGGCCCACUGUAUUCAGGCGAUUCCUCGUAGUUGGACCGUAGCCGGUGUUCGAUUGGGUGAGUGGGAUCUGGAUCAAGAGCGUGAUUGUUUGGAUGGUGAUUGCGCUGAUGCACCGCUCAAUAUGAGCAUCGACAAGAUUAUUGUGCACGAAGACUACGAUCCGCAGAGCAAGGCGCAGUAUAAUGACAUUGCGCUUAUUCGGUUCACCAGGGAUGUCAUCAUGACGUCGUUCAUUUCCCCGAUUUGUUUGCCCAUCGACAAUGCACAACGUUCUCGGAACAUCGUUGGUACCAAGGGAAUGGCCGCAGGAUGGGGUCGAACGGAGAAUGCCACUACAAGCCAUUUGAAGCUGAAGGUUGAACUGGAAUUCAAGGAACUGAAGAGCUGUUCCAACACCUACAAACCGUCCGGAGUGAUCCUUAGGGAUACGCAGAUGUGCGCGGGAGGAGUACGUGGCAAAGAUACUUGCAGCGGUGAUUCUGGUGGUCCUUUGAUGAAGCAAAUUACAGCAAAUAACUACCUGUAUGGCAUCGUAAGCUUCGGACCGAACAAAUGCGGAACCAAGGGCGUACCGGGAGUUUAUACCAACGUAGCCAAAUAUAUCGAUUGGAUUGAGAGCAAAUUGGAGUAGGUUUAGUAUCCGGAGCAUCCAUUUUGGAACGCUUCCUAUAUUUAUGAGCAAAUAUAGCAGUUAAAGGUAACUUUUCCCCCUUGUGGU